AUGUCUCCAUUGAUUGCGGUCAUAAGCCAAGUGGACCGCACGGUGCAGGCUGCCGCCACUCGUCUUCUUCAUGGCGUCAGACCAUCUCUGAUGAGUCAAGUUGUUCAGUAUGAUCUACAGCAGUGCGGCAACGGCAGCAACGCAACUAAAGCGGCGGUGGUGGUCGCAUUCUUCGUGUGCUGGGCGCCGUUCCACAUCCAGCGCGUGUUCUACGUGUACGGCCGCCAGCACCCCAAGUACGAGCUGAUCAACGAACACCUGUUCAACAUCGCUGGGGCGCUGUACUACGUGUCCGCCACUGUCAACCCGAUACUGUACAACGUCAUGAGCGGCAGAUACCGCAUCGCAUUCCAAGAGACCCUGCUCUGUCGUAAAGCACGGAGGGACUCGCGUCUCACGAACCUGGACCACACGAGUGCCUCCAAGGCAUCGCAGUACCGGAAGAGAGAGUCCCGCAUAGCCUUCGUCAGUAAGGUGGACUACGUGAAAAACCAACCGGCGCCAUUUUGUGGCGACAAUGGCGACAUCAAAAUGGAGGACAGCACCGUCUUCUACUUCUACGACGACAAGCAGGAUGGCAUGCAGAUUGACAGUUGCAUGUAAAAUGUAUUUUGGCAUCUGGCAUUGGGCAGUUUGUGACAUAUCUCUAUAGACUCCGUGCAUGAACUAUAGGGGGCAG